UUUGUUUAACUUACCCAGUGCGUCUAGUGUAAUUGGAAUUUUGAAAUUUGCGUCAAAAUAUAUAGAUUUAUACUUAAGAAGGUUCGGGUGAUCAUCCGAUGUAUCGUUUCAAUACGCGCACGUAGUGUUCCUGCUAUGCAGCUAGCUGCUGGUACACGGUACUGGGACUACUGUAUACAGUAUACUAUAGGAUUAGAAUGGAUGGAAAAUUUCAUAGCUAUGCUAUAUGCAUCCAGGUGCGCGGCGUGCGCGGGAACCAGCGGUUAGCCAGCCAAUAUCAGUUGAGAAAUUUGUGGAUUUUGGAAGAUCAAGGUUUUAAGUGAGAGAUAGUGAUCUUGAUGACAUGUAUUUCCUGCAUUGCAGCCUACGUGCUGAGGGAGUUGGAGCCAGUACUUGGAGAGUCCAUGGUGGCAGGAAGUUUUUCUAGGACAUGCCCAUGCUAAUGAAACCUGAGUACUGGUGGUGAUUGCAUAUCUUGUGCUACAUGAUACAGAGAAAGGACGAUGGCUGCUCUGCACGCAUUCCAGCCUCUGAGGACCUAUCCACUUGCCUCGUGGCAUAGAGGGAGUAUAUUGUCAGUGGUUUCCAUUAUCUGUCUUGGUCUAGUCUUGCCGUCUUGUGCUUUGAAUCAGCGACUUGUAGGAAAGCUUCAACAUUUCAGCACUCCCGAUACAGACUUACAAAACUUUGUUGUCCGCAGAGAUAAUGGGGAGAUCUAUCUCGGAGGAACUAACAAGUUGUAUUAUCUCUCGUCUGAGCUGGAUAAGCUGUCAGAGGUGGACACAAGACUCGAGGGAAUGACACACUUUUGCCCAACUGUGAAUAACUGCCCACAUGGGGACAACGUCAAUAGGUUGUUGGAAGUCGAUUAUGAGAAUAACCUGAUAGUGUCUUGUGGCAGUGCUUUUGCUGGCACGUGCACUCUACACCAUUUAAGCAACUUCACCAGUAUUGCUGGUUGGCCGGCGUUGGCUUUUCAAACUGAUGGCACUUUGACUGAGGAUAGUCUGGCCUUAGGAGACACAGUUGUUGGUUUUUACGCACCGUUCCAGGUUGGCAAUGAUGGGCCAGAAACUCAAGCUCUUUAUGUUGGUGCCACAUACAACAAUGAUCUCCAAUACAGAAAUGUCACUCAGCAUGCUGCUACUGCAAAAAAACUUGAAGAGACAAACCCUGGGGAGUGGCAUUUUUCUUUUGCCUACCGAGAUUCUACUUAUCAUCGUAACACCUUCAUUGAUGUUCGACCUGAAUACAGAAAUAAUUACAAGAUUAAAUACAUUUCUGGGUUUAACUCGGGAGGAUUUAACUACUUUACAACUGUACAACGUGAGGAUAUAGAUAGCAGCAGGUAUCAUUCACGUAUUGUGAGGAUUUGCACAAAAGAUAAAAGCUUCUACUCCUACACUGAGAUGGCACUCAUUUGUGAUAGUCAAGCUGGUGAUACCUAUAACAUCCUGCGAGCAGCGUAUGUCGGCAAAGCAGGUAGCAAUUUAGGCUUUGAUCCUGGAGAGGAUGUCCUGUUUGCCAUUUUCUCUCAGAGUAUUUCUACUGAAUCUGACCAACCUGGCAGUGACUCGGCCCUGUGUGUAUACGGCAUGAGUUAUAUCAAUAAGCGGGUCAAGAAAGGAUUACAGCAAUGCUUCAAUGGCGAUGGAACACAGGGAUUGAGGUUCAUGUCUGAGAACCGUGGCUGCAAUGACGUCGUGUACAGACCAGUGGGUGAUGACUUUUGUGGCACUUCAGAUUUGCAACCAAUUGAGGGCAGAAAGCCUGCCAUAGAGAGAGACAUCCUGAGGGGUGGGGGAGCAGGCAAGUCAUUCACAUCCAUCACAGCUAUGCCUUUGGGUCUUGACACAUUGGCUAUAGUGGGUACCAAUGAUGGACACAUCAUGAAGUUUCUGUUACAGCCUCUAGAUUCACCUCCAGAUUCCAACUUUCCUCCUGGAUUGCCAUACAAGGAUCUGGACCUAUCCAAUAGCCCAGUGCUUUCAGAUAUGGCUUUUGACAGAACCAAGGACAAUGUGUACGUCCUGACAUCCCAUGAGAUUUUCAAGAUCGCAGUGAAUUCUUGUGAGCACCAUGUUGACUGCUCUGUGUGUGUUGUGACCCAUGACCCCAACACCUGUGGAUGGUGUGGGUUUUGUUCAACUGAAUCUGGCUGUGCAGAGCAAGGUGGUACCUCCCCCUGGCAACGAGAAAGCUGUCCUGCUGCAAUAUAUGAUGUGACGCCCUUAGCUGGCCCAUUAGAGGGCGGUACACAAGUGACCAUUACAGGUGAUAAUCUAGGGCUUACUGUGGCAGGUAGUCGUCCGCCUGAGGUUAAGGUUGCUGGGCAGCCUUGUGAUGUCAUUCAGCAGUUGAGCCAGAUCUCUAGGAUUGUGUGUGUCACAUCUGAAGUGUCAUCACCUAGCAUCGGACCCAUUGAAGCUAAGAUUGAGGUCUAUGAUGACAGUUUGUCAUACAGAGUGAAUGACACUGUCUCAUCGGCACCAGACUUCAAUUUCACAUAUGUGGAUCCUGUAAUCACCAACAUUGACCCUAUGUAUGGUGGGCAAUCUGGAGGGACAUUACUUACCAUCACUGGCAAUGGAUUGAAUGCUGGCAAUAACAUCAGUGUCACUGUACAGGGAAGAACUUGUAAUGUUGAAAGCACAAGUAUGAGCACAUUGACAUGUCUUACCACAUCAACUUCUGUCACUGCAAGUGGGAAAGUUGAAGUGAAGAUUGACGACAUCACAAGGUCCAGCCCUCAACAGUUCACUUAUGUCAGUGAUCCCACAUUGACAAGUUUCACACCUAACAAGGCAGUUGUCAGUGGCGGACAAGCAAUUAUAGUGUUUGGUGAGAAUCUGGAGUAUUUGCAAGUUCCCAAGAUGCAGAUCACCAUAAGCAGUGAAGAUAUAGCCAUGGAGAAAUAUAAUAAAUACUCAACGGAGUGUACCAUCAUCUCAAAUGAAAACAUAGUCAUGUACAUAAAAUGUAUGUCACCUGAUGUCAGCCAAUCAGCAUCCGGGGCCACUUCCACUCAGCCAGUCAGGGCAGAGGUUGUAUUUUACCUUGAUAGUAGGCCCGCAGUCCUGUCAUCAACCAAUAGCAACACUACCGAGUUCCUGUUUUACCCCAAUCCUGUGUUUUACCCAUUUUCUGGGAAGAAUGAGGUCAUUGUGGUGAAAGAAGGCAGUUCUACUCUGACCAUUAAGGGUAAAGAUGUGAACCUUGCCCUGACACCUGCAGACAUCCAGAUAACAAUUGGUGGUACAGUGUGUGAGGUCAUUGACCUCAAAGCAGAUGCAUUAACUUGUGAGAUCCCAGACAUGAGUCAGGCUGUGCAAGAUCCUCUUGGCUACAAGGUUCAGCUUCAGGUGGCAUCCAGCUCAACUGUGAUUGGCUACAUGAAGAUUGACCCUCGACCUUUCCCAUGGUAUGCCAUUGUCAUAGUCAUCUUAAUCGUCGUCUGUAUCAUCGUCUUCAUUGUUGUAUGGCGUGUCCGUCAGCAGUCCAAAGAGGAAGGCCCAGACUUGGCAGCAGGGGUGAUAGCGCCGUCUAUCAUGUUUCGUCAGACCAGCAGCACAGGUGGUGAGUCUGCUGAGGCUAGGGUUAUGCCUGCUUUCACACGUCUCAACAGUCAAUUAGAUUACAUGAGAACACCUUCAUCGUCAGCAGAGUCUGCCUUUGCUGGUAUCCCUGAUGAGAACAGACCACUGUUGGAGGUCAUUCAUAAGGAUCUAGCCAUGCAGAUUAGUGAGGUUCUCAUCAAUGAAGAUAACCUCAAGCAAGGAGAUAUGGUCGGUCAAGGUCAUUUUGGUUGUGUAUACCAGGGCAAGGUAUGGCAGGAUGGUACCUCCUUCCCUGUUGCCAUCAAGUCCUUACUGCGGGGGGAGCAGGAAGAUGUCACUAACUUCUUACGGGAGGGCAUCAUGAUGAAGGACUUCAAGCAUCCUCACGUCUUGGAGCUGAUUGGUGUUUGUAUCAAUAGCAAUAAUAUGCCACUUGUUGUGCUGCCAUUCAUGAAGCAUGGAGAUCUGCUAACCUACAUACGGGACCCCAAAAAUGAGCUAACAGCCAGAGACCUGCUUGAAUUUUGUCGGCAAGUCGCAGAGGGAAUGGCCUACCUAGCCAACCGGAAAUUUGUCCAUCGAGACCUGGCGGCCAGGAACUGCAUGUUGGAUGACAACCUGCGAGUCAAGAUUGCCGAUUUUGGCCUGUCUCGAGACCUGUAUGAAAGGGAUUACUACAGUGCUAAGGAUAAGACAGCUAAGCUGCCUGUCAGAUGGAUGGCACUGGAAAGUCUGGAGAGGAAUGUCUACAACACUAAGACUGAUGUGUGGUCAUUUGGUGUGGUGAUGUGGGAGUUUCUAACCCGUGGCAUGACUCCAUAUCCUUCUGUGGAUAACUGGGAUAUCAGUUCCUACUUACAGAGAGGCCGCAGACUGCACCAGCCAUUGCAUUGCCCAGACCAUGUGUAUCAGAUCAUGAUGAACUGUUGGUCCGCAAGUCCGGUGGAUCGGCCAACCUUUGAGGAUCUGGUCAGGGAGAUAACAGACAUCCUGAUGGCAUCCGUGGACCAACAGUCGCAAGAAAACCAGGUCUAUUUCAACGUUGUACCUAGCAUCAACUAACAUACUCCAGAAUGCUCUAUCCAAUAUCUUCAGAAGAUGACUGGUAGCCAGCAUCAACACUCAACUUGUGGGUAAUCUUAUUAUGAACCAACAUUCCAUUCACAUGAGUUGAAUGUUGUCAUAAGACCAGCAGCUUCAGAAAAGGACCAGAUGUGUUUUAAGACUGGUACCCAACGUAAACAAAACUAAUUAUGGAUAUAUUAAAUGUAGAUUUUUUUUUUUUUUGGAAGCAACAAAAAUGUUUAAAAUCUAGAAGGAAUUUAACAAAUAACCUGAUCAAGUGUUGGCUCUGUGAAUGCUGUAUAUUUCUAGAAAACACAAUAUUCUGGAUAUCUCGAUUUCAAUUUAAAAGACGCCGAGUCAUGACACACCCGGAAAUCAACAUUCGGGACAUGAUUCCCAAUCAGCCGAUUGUUGCUACGUUAUGUCAUACACUGAACUGACGAUUCUCAUUUAUAAAAGCAGCCACGUGUGCGUCAUGUCAACGCGCUUGCACCCAUUCAUGGAUUACAAACCAACUGCCAGCGGAAAUUUCCAAACAUGUGUCACUUGAUGCAUCUUUGGGAAUGACCUUUUUAUUAUUGUUUUCUUCAAA